AUGUUUCUUCUUUAUUUCAUUAAGAGAUUAUGUUUUAUCAUUUCUUUAAUUAUUGUGAUUGGAUAUAUUGCUUUGAUUAUAUUUAUUUCAUAUUUUGGAUUUAUUCAAUCACUAUUUCUCAAGUCUGAAUGGAUAUUAGAAGGAAUAAACGACAAUAAUUCUUUACUUCAAUUUGUUUUUACUACACCAAAAAAUUAUCGGAUUAAUGUUAAUUCAUUAUCAAUGGAAAUAUUUAUUGGAAAUAUGUUAAUAGGAAAUGGAAUAAUGACAGAUUUUACGAUAAAACAAACUAAUAAAAUAGAGAUACCUUUUUACGAUAUUCAAUAUGAAGAUUUAUUAACUUCAUUACCAUCUCUUAGUGUUUAUCUUAAUUCCUUUAAAGUAAGUUGUUUUUCUUUUAAGUUAGAAGAAAACGUUUAUUCUUUAAAACAAAAAAUAGAAAUUUGA